AUGUUCAUUAGACAACGGUAUAUUCCGGAAACCGCAUUAGACCGUGAAGAAUCUAUUAUAUCGUGUUUUUCAUCGGACAUAUCCAGCUCUUCAUCUAUUUCUGAGCAUACAUUGUUACAAAAACCCAUAGGCCUCGUUUUUUGGUUUUCUCUCUUUUCUAUUCUUUUUAUUACUUCCAUUUAUGUUAUCCACCUGAACGAUGAUUGCCGUACAGGCUGCCACUUUGGAUCUAAGUGUGGUCUGUUUAACCUAUCCAUAAAUGAAUCCCUUGCACGAACCCAUCUUAAAACAGUUACUGGAUAUGGAGUCAGAAUGGCGGGUUCCUAUUCAAAUGAAAUCUUGGCCCGCAGAUAUCUCUUGGCCCAACUCCAACUUAUUUCAGAUAUAGCUCUAUCCAAUGGUCUCGAGGCUUAUAUAGAGGAUCACCUAUCCUCAUUUUCAAGUUUUAGAGCUCAUACUCACAUAAUGAGUUAUGGACUUGUAAGAAACAUUGCUAUUUUGAUGCAUAAUCCAAAAAAUGGGCCCGUCGAUUACUCUCCUGCAAUUUUAGUCAACUGUCACUAUGAUUCAGCUAUUGGAAGUCGAGGGGCUACAGACGCAUUCGUUAACUGUGCUAAUAUGCUGGAAUCAGCCAGAAUAUUUGCUCUAAACGAUGUACCACUCAAUAUUGAUGUAAUCUUUCUUUUUAAUGGGGCCGAGGAGAGCCUUCUGCCUGCUAGUCACGCAUUUAUAACUCAGCACAAAUGGGCAAAGCGGAUAGUCCUCUUUAUUAACUUAGAAGGAGCUGGAGUUGGUGGGCGUAUGUUUGUUUUUCAGACAGGUCCAGGCUUGGCAACGAAAACUCUUGUUAGCGCUUAUUCAUCUAAUAUUCGACAGCCAUUUGGCAAUGUAUUCGGAGAGGAAAUCUUUCACCUUGGUGUAAUUCCUUCUGAUACAGAUUUUCGAAUUUUUCGAGAUUACGGCCUUAUAUCUGGAAUUGAUAUGGCUUAUAUAAACGACGGUUAUGUCUAUCACACUGAAUACGAUGUAGAAGAACGGAUAAAGACUGAAUGUCUUCAGCAAGCAGGUGAUAACCUUGUCAAUUUUCUUUCAUCAUUAGUCUCCGACCUUAAAACUCAAGCUGUUCCCCGUUUGAAACCUUUAAAUAAUCCUGAACAGGCUUUAAACUAUGAUGAGGCUUCGGAGGAGGGAGGCAUGAUUAGUUUUCAGGAGCUGCCAGUAGUUGUCCCGCCUUAUGAUCGUGUUGUGUAUUUUGAUGUACUAGGCUAUUACUUUUUUAUGUGUCCAUUUUGGAUAUGGCGUUGCCUUGACGCCUUUUUUGUUGUUAUAUUUUUUGCUUGGAUUUUGUACAUUCGAAGAAAAAAUGAAACAAAUUUUUAUGGUGUUUGUUUUGCUGUGUUUCUUCAUCUUAUUUGGUUACUUUCUGGUUUCUUAUUUCUUUGCUCACUCGGAUUAUUGAUCCAUAAAUAUGGCUCUCGGAUGUCUUGGUAUUCUAUUCGGUACAAUAUUUUUGGCAUUUUCUUUCUUCCCCUUUUUUGGUUUCUGACCACAUUUUACACAUUUAUUGUUUCUGUACCGACCUCACCUCUUUUUGAACUUUCUAUAUUUAAGAAAUCUUUGAACGCUGCCCUGUGGGUUAGCGCUCAUAAUGAUGUCAACUCAAAUAGAAUCGAACAGGAUCAUUUUAUUGCCGGCGUUGGGAUUAUCCUCUCCAUUAUGUCAUUAUUAGAUCUGGCUAAUAGUCCUGCUUCAUAUCUUUUUACGAUCACUGCCAUGCUACCCUGGCUUUCUCGUGUCGCGCUUUCAUCUCUACUCCGUCCAAAGGAUCCCUCUUUAACAAUACUACUAGCAUCAACACUUCCCUACAUUGUUCUUGUUCAGGCCUAUUUGGGUAGUUCGCUUUUUGACGUCCUUAUCCCUAUUACCGGCCGGAUAGGUCAGACUGUUAAGCCAGAUGUUGUUAUUGCAGCUUUGUGUUUUAUGAUUUUAUCUCCAGUUGGUCUCUUUCUCGGCGGGUAUCUUCAAGUUACAUCUCAUCAAGCUUCUAAAUGGCUGAGAUUAUUGCUUCUCAAUGCUUCUGUUGCAUAUGCUCUGAUGGUGCACACCUCACCACUCGGCUUUCCAUAUACGACUUAUGUGGUGGAUCCAACUGACGUCAGUCAAUCUGCACCCAGAUACCAGCGGAUCGCCUUAAUCCAUGUCAACCGAGGCUUCCGGGAUGUUCCUGACUCCUUCCAUAUUACCAGCUCUGAUAGCGGGAUUUUCGUAGUUCCUCUUGAUGCUAACGGUGCUCGCUACUUAACACCGGGAUCAUUCCCUUCUCCUAUCUCUCACUCCAUAUUUUCAAUCUUCAAAUCUCCAUCGAAGAUGUCUUACUCUGGCCUCCAAGGCCUUGGACUGUCAGAACUAGUAGGGGCGAAGCGCUACCUCUGUCUUCGGUCCCGACCAUUUUGCGGUAUUCCAUUUAUUUUUCCUUUCGCGCAAGCCUUCUUCGAUUUCUUUUGGCUUACUCGGCCUGUGCAUACUGCACAGCCCCCUGUCAACCUUGUUCUCUUGGAUCGUUUUCGCCUUCAUCCUCAUCACUUGCCGAUGACUUUGCGUAGUGAUUACUCUACCCCAGGUUUGCGUAGACAAGCCUAUAACAUUUGUAUGGCUAUCACUUCUGGCCCACCACACACUCAUAUCUUCAUCCGCACAGAAGUUCCUCGGGUUCGUUUACUGGAUUGGUCAUUUGCCAGGGAAGCUGGUAAGCCACGUCCAUUGUCAUUGCCUCCAAGAGCAAGCACCUGGGCUGCUGAAGAGGCUGAAGAUAUGGAGUAUGCUGCAUCUGAUUCUGAAUUUGGCGGUGCCCAUUUUUACAUCUAUAAUGUAAACCCUUCUGCCCCAUACACUCACGAUUACCUCGAUUCAGUAAUGCCGUCAUCAGAUGGUCCUUUGAAUCCUCGGGCAACCUGGGAAAAGCCUUUACACUUUUGGCUUGUGCUAGAUCUCUUGGUCCCAGAUGAAGGUGACUCGAUUAAAAACAACAGCUUUGAUAUCAGUCUCACCGGCGCUUAUUUCGACAACGAUCUUCCCUCCAGUCAGAGUGAAGAACUUACGACUCUACUUAAUCAUCUUCCUCCAUGGACCAAUGCACUCAGUUUUGUUUCAACGUACCAAGUUUGGCGCAUCCUUCUUCCAUAG